AUGGUCACUUUAGAUGUUGAGGGGAAACCAAUAAACUUCCUCGUCGACACGGGAGCCACCUUUUCUGUCCUAAAGCAGCCACAAGGAAAAGUGCAGAAAGCAAAAACUAAGGUAGUGGGGGCAACAGGAAAAGAGGAAACAUAUCCGUGGACCACGGCCCGGAUAACGAAUUUGGGUUCAGGCACUAUUACUCACUCCUUCCUAAUCAUCCCAGAUUGCCCUUACCCCUUACUUGGGAGAGAUUUACUGCAAAAACUUCAGGCCACUAUUACCUUCCGAGGGAGCGGCCAGCCGGGUGGAGAAGGCCCAGCGGAAGCUAAGCCUGGGGUCCAGCUAGAGGUAACCGUGCCAAUCUCAGAGGAGUACUUGCUCGCAGCCCUCCUCGAAGGUAAGGAGGGGGAUGAUGUCCCGCAAGACCUGCUUUCUGAGAUACCUGGGGUCUGGGCAGAGACCAACCCGCCAGGGCUGGCAGCGCACCAGCCCCCAGUAAUCGUCCAGCUGAAGAGCACAGCCAGCCCGGUCAGAGUGCGACAGUAUCCCGUCCCAGCUCGGGCUAGGCAGGGCAUAGCCCGGCACCUCAAGCGCCUCCUGGAGGCAGGCAUCUUGAGGGAAUGCCAAUCAGCCUGGAACACGCCCUUACUACCAGUCCAGAAACCUGGGACCCAAGAUUAUCGGCCCGUGCAGGACUUAAGGGAAGUGAAUGCCCGAGUAGAAACUAUUCACCCCACUGUGCCUAACCCGUACACCCUGUUGAGCUCACUGCCUCCGACCCAUGUCUACUACUCAGUACUAGACUUAAAAGACGCUUUCUUUUGUAUUCCACUGGCGCCAAAAAGCCAGGAGAUUUUCGCAUUUGAGUGGGAUGAUCCAGAAAAUGGACUAAUUGGGCAAUACACCUGGACCCGCCUGCCGCAGGGUUAUAAGAACUCUCCCACUAUAUUUAGUGAAGCAUUGGGCAAGGACUUGCAACCCUUCCGCACCUCUCACCCCUCCGUAGUGCUCUUGCAGUAUGUAGAUGACCUGCUCAUCGCGGCCACGAGUCCGAAGGAAUGUGAAACUGCGACAAAAGACCUUCUGCGAGAGCUAGAGAGAAGGGGGUACCGAGUGUCUGCUAAGAAGGCCCAGAUUGCCAGACAGACCGUGAGUUAUCUGGGCUAUAAUCUGCAGGGCGGACAAAGGAUGCUAUCCAGCCAACGGAUUCAGGCCGUGAUGCAGAUUCCUGAGCCCACCAACAAGAGGCAAGUACGGGAAUUUCUGGGGGCCGUGGGAUAUUGCAGGCUCUGGAUACUGGGCUUUGCGGAGUUAGCCCGGCCUCUCCAUGAGUUAACCAGAGGAAAGGAGGACUUUUUCACAUGGACACAGAAAGAGAGGCAGGCCUUCCAAGCAUUAAAGGAGGCCCUGACCACCGCCCCUGCACUGGCCCUGCCUGACCUGACUAAACCCUUUCAGCUCUUUGUAGCUGAGAAGGGGGGAGUAGCCCUCGGGGUACUAAGUCAAGAGUUAGGGCCGUGGAGGAGACCUGUGGCCUAUCUAUCCAAGAAAUUAGACCCCGUGGCCUCGGGUUGGCCGGCCUGCCUACGGGCAUUAGCCGCAACUUCCGUGCUGGUGAAAGAAGCCAGUAAACUGACUCUAGGUCAAGAUAUUCAGAUAAUUGGAGAACACUAUUUAGAGCAGAUAUUGAGAGCCCCGCCUGACAGGUGGCUGUCAAAUGCACGGCUUACCCAGUUUCAGGCUCAGCUGUUGAAUCCUCCGGCCGUAACGUUUUUGAAAACAACGGCGUUGAACCCAGCCACCUUACUGCCAGCCCCAGAUCCCACCAUUAUUCAUGAUUGCUCCCAUGUGCUGGAUGCAGUUCCUGGGUCUCGGCCAGACAUGAGGGACCAGGCAUAUGAGAAGCCAGAUCUCACCCUCUACACAGAUGGGAGCAGCUAUAUUCAAGAUGGACAACGCCUUGCUGGGGUGGCAGUGGCCACUGAGACUGAGGUAUUGUGGAAGCAGGCAUUGCCUGCUGGAACUUCGGCGCAGAAGGCUGAGUUAAUCGGACUGACUCAGGCCCUGAGGAUGGCUGAAGGUAAGGUUGUAAACAUUUACACUGACAGCCGAUAUGCCUUUGCCACGGCCCACAUACAUGGUGCAAUAUAUAAAGAAAGGGGCCUCCUGACUGCAGGAGGCAAGGACAUUAAAAACAAAGAAGAAAUUUUAGCCCUUCUCGAUGCCAUUUGGCUCCCUGCUAAGGUAGCCAUAAUCCACUGCAGAGGGCAUCAGCGGGGCGAGACGCCAAUCAUUAGAGGAAAUAACCUUGCAGACGCAGCUGCGAGAGAAGCAGCCGCGCAAAAAAGGACUGUGCUGCCACUGCUUCCUCUUCCAAACCUUCCACCGUCCCCUCACUACACUGCUGAGGAAGAACAACUCGGAGAAAAGUUAGGAGGAAACAAAAACCAAGCUGGGUGGAUAGUUUUGCCAGAUUCAAGGAUAUUUUUACCCCAGGGAGUACUAGGGAAGGUGAUACAAGACAUUCACACCAGUGCCCACUUAGGUCAAAACAAGCUAGACACGCUAGUUAGGAAAUAUUACCUAGGGCUAGGAUUCAGGGAUGCAGUUCGUUCAGUAACCGCUAGGUGUCAGGUUUGUGCUAAGGUUAACGCCCAAAAUAAGAGAUUGCCUCCAUUUAUUAGAUAUAGAGGAAAAUUUCCUGGAGAACUAUGGGAAAUAGAUUUCACUGAAAUGGCAAAAGGCACGUCUAGAUACAGAUACCUUUUAGUACUAGUAGACACUUACUCUGGGUGGGUAGAAGCCUUUCCCACCAGAGGUGAGACUGCGUCCACAGUCUGCAAGUUAUUAAUAAGAGAAAUUAUCCCUAGGUAUGGAAUACCCCUAGCCAUAGGAUCAGACAAUGGGCCCGCUUUUGUAUCCAAGGUUUCACAAGAACUUGCCACAAGGCUAAGAAUUAACUGGAAACUACAUUGUAUAUACAGGCCCCAGAGUUCGGGUCAGGUAGAAAGAAUGAACAGAACCUUAAAGGAAACUUUAAUGAAAUUAAGGGAAGAGACCGGCGGAAACUGGGUUGAGCUACUCCCUUUCGCCCUCUUCAGGGUAAGGUGUACACCUUAUGUCAAGACUUGGGCACCAUAUGAAAUUAUGUUUGGACAGCCUAUUCCUCUAGUUCCCAAACUCACUGCUGAGGAAUUAGAACUAACUAACUCUAACUUCCUCAAGUCCUUGCAGGCUUUGCAGAACAUCCGCCGUGAGGUGAGAGCUCUCCAGCAGGAGAGAUAUCCUAAAGAGCAAGGAGCAGAAGCUCCGGAGCCUGGACAGUGGGUGUGGAUCCUAAAUCAUCGAAGGGGGAGUCUCGAGCCCCGCUGGAUUGGGCCGUACCAGGUACUGUUGAGCACACCUUCAGCCGUGCGAGUGGCAGAAAAACCCUACUGGAUACAUCUUGCCCACAUCAAGCCGGCCCCAACACCUGACGAGAGUGAAAAAUGGAGUGUACAGCCAGUUUCAGGGGAACCCUUACGAGUAAAAUUCUUCAAAUCCUGACAA